UCUAUUCGAUAAUAACCUAAAGAGUCUUUUUCGUCUUAAAAAAAAAGCGGGUCGUCUGCUAUAUGUACACUGCAGUGCUACACUAAAACACUGGCUGCUAGCUAAGCUAGCGCUAUUUAUGCUAGAUUUGUUGCCUAAGUGUGUAAUAAACAUGCGGUUCAGGGCUAAAGUUGUCGAUGUUGGCUGUAUAGAACAAUUCACAAGAGUUGUAAGCACAAUCUCGAAGAUGACCCAGUUGUGUGUACUACGAUUGACAGCAGAUCAUAUGUACUUUAUUCUAAAUGACAAGGUUGCCAAAGGAGGAAUAUGGUGUGAGCUAGCAGCGAGUAAUUUCUUCGAUGAGUAUAGGAUGGAAGGUCUUUCAGAGGAAUCCAACGAGAUCUAUCUUGAGGUCACUCCAGAGGACAUUGUCAGAGCUAUGAAGACUGCACAGAAUGCCAAAGCUGUCAAAUUAAAACUCACCAAGAAAUUCAGUCCCUGUCUUACAUUCGACAUUGAGCUGCCUUCUAGGACUGGCCAUAGUCGUAACGUCGUUCAUGAUGUCCCUGUGAAUGUUAUCCCAAAGAGUCUCUGGAGUGAGUACACUGAACCAAAAGUACCUGACUUUGAUGUCAGUAUUUGUAUGCCACCUCUAAAAUCUCUUCGGAAUGUUGUGGAAAGAAUGAAGAAUCUUGGAAGUUAUCUGGAACUUUCAGCCAAUCAGAAUGGUGAGAUGAGACUCCGAGUGGAGAGUGAUCAGGUGACAAUAUCUACACAUUUCAAAGAACUAGAAAUCCCAGAAUGGAUUAAUGAAGGGUCCGAGACCCAGAACCAGGGGCGGGGACCAGACCAAAUGGUCGGAGCUAAGGUGGACAUUCGAAGAUUCUUACAAUUUCUUGCUGGGCAGCAGCUUAACCCUCCAAAGAUUAUAUGCAAUAUUGUCAACAAUAGACUCAUUCAUUUCUUCCUUCUACAAGAAGACAUCUCAUUGCAGUAUUCAAUGCCCAUCAUCCAAUAGUGAGUAUCACAAGACAUCCAACUGAAUGUAGGACUAACUUCAAGAUAAAGUUCUCUUCACAUCUCUUUGAGUCUUGCACCCCAGAUCAGAACAGUUCAAACUAAAGGACUAAAGUAUAGCACUUAUGGCUAGGACUUUUGAUCUGAUCCCCGCAAGGUUUGGGGUCUUGCACCUCAUAUCAAAACGGUGAAAACUUAAAGGACCAAAGUAGCACAGAUCAGAAUAGUUGAAAGACUAAAAGUAGCACUUUUGAUUUGUGACUUUUGAUCCCUGCAAGGUUAUUAGGUCUUGCACCCCAGAUCAGAACAGUUGAAAGACCAUAGUUAGAGGAAUCAUUGUCGACCUUCUUGUAUUGUAAUAUCUGUGGAGUAAUGACCAUAGUGACAGAAGUUGAACGUCUUAGUCAACAGAAAGCAGAGAAAAUGAAAAUCUUGAGGCACAUUUUGUCUUUGUCAGGCUCGUGGUAGUAUGUUGAAUAUGGUUUUGAACCUUGGCCAAUUUAUUUGUGCAGCUUGAAUUGUCAACCUCAUGUAGAGUUUAAUGUGGGUUUGCAUCUCGGCAGGCUCGUGAUAGCAUGUUGAAUAUGGUUUCGAACCUUGGCUAACUUAUUUAUAUAGCUUGAAUUGUCAACCUCAUGUAAAGUUUAAUGUGGGUUUUAAUCUCGGCAGGCUCGUGAUAGUAUGUUGAAUAUAUGGGUUCGAACCUUGGUCAAUUUAUUUAUACAGCUUGAAUUGUCAACCUCAUGUAGAGUUUAAUGUGUGUUUGAAUCUCGGCCAACACAUUUAUUUGUACAGCUUGAAAUUCAGCCUAAAUAUGGAGAGUUGAAUGUGUAUUUGAACCCACCAUGUGUAACUGUUUAAAUUUGUCAACAGAGGGGGUAGUUUGAAAUUCUGUUUUAUUUUUAUGUUUGUUACAAUAAACCACUUUCAAUUGA